AUGAACAGCCUUACCCCAUUAAGGAUUAUCCCAAAAGUGGCAAACUAUAGCGCAUUAAUAAGGCUCAAGGAAAGUCCGGUACGGCUUUUGCUCUUAAGAAGAAAGCUUUCCACACGGCCUGCGAUAUUGUAUGGUUCGCCGUACAUUAAGAGUCCCUUGAUUCAUUUACACAGCCGCAUAAAUAAUGCUCAUGGAACAACAAAUGCAAAUGUAUUACAUUUUGUGAUUACUAGAAGAUCAAUAUCAAACUUUCCCAAAAUCAUCGCCAAAUUUAUUCGACUACCUAUAUAUGUUGGUGGCGGAGUGGCUGCUGCGGGGAGUUACAUAGCGUACAAGAUGGAAGAAGCGAGUUCUUUCACUAAGGACAAAUUGGACCGAAUCAAAGAUUUUAGUGAAACAAUGAAGGAAAAGUUCAAUAGAAUGUUUUCCAGCGGUGAUCCCCAAAGUGGCGAUAGUGGUAAUGAUGGUACCGUGCCAACUGCUACAUUGAUAGCCGCGACGUCAUUGGAAGACGACGAAAGCAAGAAACAAGGUGACCCCAAUGAUGACGACGAUGACGAUGACGAUGAAGAUGACGGAAACGAUGCUGUGGACACUACACAAGACGAAAUGUUAAAUUUGACCAAACAAAUGAUUGAAAUUAGGACCAUUUUGAAUAAAGUAGACUCUUCUUCUGCACACCUUACCCUACCAUCAAUUGUCGUGAUUGGCUCUCAAUCUUCCGGUAAAUCUUCCGUAUUAGAAUCUAUUGUUGGAAGAGAAUUCUUACCAAAAGGUUCCAAUAUGGUCACAAGAAGACCCAUUGAAUUGACUUUGGUCAAUACCCCUAACUCAAACAGCGUAACUGCUGAUUUUCCAAGCAUGCGUCUUUACAACAUAAAAGAUUUUAAGGAGGUGAAAAGAAUGUUAAUGGAAUUGAACAUGGCAGUUCCAACUUCAGAGGCCGUUUCCGAGGAACCUAUUCAAUUAACAAUCAAAUCCUCUCACGUUCCAGACUUAUCAUUAGUAGAUCUGCCUGGUUAUAUACAAGUGGAGGCCGCGGAUCAACCAAUGGAACUGAAAACUAAAAUUCGCGACUUGUGUGAAAAAUAUCUAGCUGCGCCUAAUAUUAUUCUGGCAAUAUCUGCCGCAGAUGUUGAUUUGGCUAAUAGCUCUGCCUUGAAGGCCUCUAAGGCAGCAGAUCCUAAGGGUUUGAGAACCAUAGGUGUCAUUACUAAGCUGGAUUUAGUAGACCCCGAAAAGGCCAAAAGCAUUUUGAAUAAUAAGAAAUAUCCACUGAGUAUGGGCUAUGUUGGUGUGAUAACCAAAACACCCAGCAGCAUAAGUAGGAAACACCUUGGCCUUUUUGGUGAAACACCUUCUUCGUCACUGGGUGGUAUAUUUUCUAAAAGCCAGCACAGUCAAGAUACAGGAAAUGAAAGUGCGAAUGGAGUAAAACAAAUAGUUUCUCACCAAUUUGAGAAAGCUUAUUUCAAAAAAAAUAAAAAGCAUUUUGCCAGUUGCCAGGUUUCUACCAAGAAAUUAAGAGAGAAAUUGAUCAAAAUUUUGGAAAUUUCAAUGUCAAAUGCAUUAGAGCCCACAUCUACACUUAUUCAGCAAGAAUUGGAUGAUACUUCUUACUUAUUCAAGGUGGAAUUCAAUGAUAGGCAUCUGACACCCAAAUCAUACCUUUUGAAUAAUAUUGAUGUACUAAAAUUGGGAAUCAAAGAAUUUCAGGAAAAAUUUCAUAGAAAUGAACUGAAGUCGAUAUUAAGAGCCGAAUUGGAUCAAAAAGUUUUAGAUGUUCUGGCCACAAGGUAUUGGAAGGAUGACAAUCUUCCUGAUCUAUCUUCUUCUAAGUCGGAAAGUGAUACUGACAUGCUAUAUUGGCAUAAAAAAUUGGAACUAGCAUCAUCCGGAUUAACCAAGAUGGGUAUUGGUAGAUUAUCUACAAUGUUAACCACCAAUGCAAUUUUGAAAGAGUUAGAUAAUAUCUUGGAGUCUACCCAACUGAAAAAUCACGAACUGAUCAAAGACCUCGUCAGUAAUACAGCAAUUAAUGUUCUAAACAGUAAAUACUAUUCAACGGCAGAUCAAGUUGAAAACUGUAUCAAGCCGUUCAAGUAUGAAAUUGAUCUGGAAGAGAGAGACUGGAGUCUUGCUCGUCAACAUUCUAUCGGUUUAAUAAACGAGGAAUUACGUCAAUGUAACUCGAGGUAUCAGGCAAUCAAAAAUGCUGUUGGGAGUAAGAAGUUGACAAAUGUAAUGGGCUAUUUAGAAAAUGAAUCGAACUUGCAAAAGGAGACACUUGGUAUGUCCAAAUUAUUAUUAGAAAGAGGCUCCGAAGCUAUUUUCUUGGAUAAAAGGUGCAAAGUGUUAUCGUUCAGAUUAAAAAUGUUGAAAAACAAAUGCCAUUCAACAAUUGAAAAGGAUCGCUGUCCAGAGGUGUUUCUAUCUGCGGUUAGUGAUAAGUUGACUUCUACAGCGGUUUUGUUCCUUAACGUGGAAUUAUUGAGCGAUUUUUUCUACAACUUCCCUAUUGAAUUAGACAGGAGGUUAACGUUGUUGGGGGAUGAACAAGUUGAAAUGUUUGCCAAGGAAGAUCCAAAGAUAUCAAGACAUAUCGAAUUGCAAAAGAGGAAGGAACUGUUGGAAUUGGCUUUAGAGAAAAUAGAUUCUAUCCUGGUUUUCAAAAAAAGCUAUAAGGGUGUCUCCAAGAAGCUAUAA